GUUACAUCAACUUUUAGACAAGAAGUUUGGCUAGUUUUUUAGAAUGCGUCCUUUUUUAUCAUCAGUUGUCAUCUCAUCGAGAAUGACAUUCUCAUUUAUGGCAGAUUAUGUUACGAUAUCAGCUAUGUAAUUUAUUUAUUUAAUUUAAUGAAUUUCUAAACUUACAGUAUUUAUUUUCAAAAUUAUAUGUUAUUGUUAAAUUAUCGGGGACCAUGAGUUUAAAUCCGGAACAUUUUGUCCGUAUGUUCAUCAUUAUAUUCGUUGUCGUUAUGUCUACAAUAUGCUAUGGAAUUUACCAACAAGUAAAAUUCGUCAAAAGGCAGCGGAAAGAUCUUCUACACAACUUCAAUGACGACGGUUGUGAUAAUAUCACGUAUUCUGAUUAUGUACAAGAAAGGUUCAGAAUAAAACGACAUACUAUGCAAAACAUACUCAAAAUGAAAGCUCAGAUUAGGAAGAUAAAUAGUGAACAAACUGUGUAUAAUCAAAGGUUGGGGCCUAUCGGGAACGAUACGUAUAUCAUAGUUAUACAAGUUCACUCAAAUGUGUACUACCUCCAACAGCUUUUAUUAUCCUUAAAAGUUGCCAACGGAAUCAGAAGAGCAUUGCUUAUCUUCUCGCAUGACUACUUUAGUCAUGAAAUCAACACAAUCAUCAGAAAUAUUAAUUUUGCGAAGUACAUACAAAUUUUCUUUCCUUAUUCUAUACAAUUGCACCCUCAUGUGUUCCCUGGAAAUGAUGAACAGUUUUGCAAUGAAGGGUAUGUUUGCAAGAAGUCCAAACUGAGAGACCCUGAGGCAGCCCAAGCCAAGCAUCACUGGUGGUGGGGAGUUAAUCAGGUCUUUGACAACAUGGAAGUCACAAAGGGUUUUAACAGCACUAUUUUAUUUCUUGAAGAAGGCGAUUACGUAACCGAAGAUUUUAUAUACGCAUACAAACUUAUAAAACAGGCUAGAUAUUUACAUUGUCCGUUUUGUGAGGUAUUAAGUUUAGGGGCUCAUGAGCCUGAAAUAUCUAAAUACGAAAAGAAAACUAUGAUAACAGUUGAAGUUUGGACAAAUACUCUUUCCCGAUCAGGUAUAGCCUUUAACAGGCAGAUCUGGAAUGCUUUGAAAGCAAACAGCAGAGAGUUCUGUUAUCAUGAUGACUACAACUGGGACAAUUCCUUCAGACAUGUUGGUAUUAAGAAAUGGGAAGGUAAUGUUUAUUUAACAGCUAUAGCUGGUACAAGAGUAUUUCAUCUUGACAAGUGUGAUGAAAAAGAUGUUGGAUGCAAAAUGGAAUACAAAGUUGCAGAAGUGGAAAAGUUUAUUAAUAUAGUCUUGAGAAAACUAUACCCAUGGGGUAUAAUCAUGGUGGUUAACAGAGAAGAGGAAUUUAAUGGUACUGCUGCAGGAUUAUUUGGAGAUAUAAGAGAUCGUGAACUAUGUAUGUAUUUCACAGAACACAGUGUGUGGUAUUAA